UUGGACGCCCAGUUCGUUUUGCGCGGGAUAACGCAAGAGGACACGAAGUUCCACCACGUUGUGGCGCAACUCGACGCCAAAUCCGCGCAAGAGGUGGAAGACAUCCUGCUGACCCCGCCAGCGGAGAACAAGUACACGAGGCUUAAGGACGAGCUGGUCGCGCGGCUGUCCACUUCCAAGCAAAGGAAGAUCAAGCAACUCCUCGAACACGAGGAACGAGGAGACAGGACGCCGUCGCAAUUCUUGCGGCACACGAGGAGCCUCGCGGGCAACGAUGUGCCGGAAGAUUUCAUCCGGACCCUUUGGCCGAGCAGGUUGCCGGUUUUCAUGCAGUCGGUGCUGGCCACACAAGACGGCGUCGAGCUAUAA